AUGACGAUUGGGAUCAUGGGCGGGCGCUCGGUCGCGGAUGGGGGAGAAGUGACGGCGGCGAUGGGACGGCCGAGACGGGCGGGCGGAGCGCGGCGUACGGCGGCGAACGCCACGGCGGAGGCGAUGGCGAACGCGACGGCGAACGCGGUGAACGCGACGGCGGCGGCGACGGUGAACGCGACGGUGAACGCGGUGAACGCGAGCGCGGCGACGGGCGAUGCGAAACCGACGAGAUGGGUGGUCGUGACGUCCAUCAAUGCGCCGACGAGUGAUAUGCGGACGAUGUGCGGCGUCGCGGCGAAGGAUCCCGCGCUCGGAAUGGUCGUCGUCGCGGAUACGAAGACGCCGACGGAUUGGAGCGCGGAGGGGUGCGAUUUCCUCAGCGUCGAGGCGCAGAAGAAGAUGGGCUCUAAGCUCGCGGCGGCCUUGCCGUACAAGAGCUACGCGCGAAAGAAUCUUGGAUAUCUGUACGCCAUCUCCAAGGGAGCGGAGAUGAUUUACGAGACGGAUGACGACAACUUGUCGGAUUUCACCAAGGUGUUCACCCCGGAGCGCGUCCAGGACGAGGUGUGCUCGGCGCGACUGGUUGAAGACAAAGACCACGCGGCGCAAAAUGUGUACGCGUACUUCGGUCGACCCGACAUUUGGCCGCGCGGGUUCCCUCUGAAUGAAAUCAACAACACGGGUGGAAACGUGCUCAUGGAGAAGGCGGUGCAGAAGCACUACUCGCCGAUCAAGUCUUUGCUCGUGAACGGUGACCCGGACACGGACGCCAUCUUCCGACUCACACGCGGAGAGGCGAUCGGUAAGGUACAGCUCGAUGGCGAUGUCCCGCCCGUGGCGCUCGAUCACGGCGUGAUUUGUCCGUUCAACUCCCAAGCCGUGCUCUGGUCCAAGGAGGCAUUUUUCCUCAUGCUCAUCCCGGCCACGACGCCCAUGCGAGUGUGCGACAUUUGGCGAGGAUACUUCUCACAGCGCUUGCUCUGGGACAUGGGCGGACGCUUACUCUUCGACCAGGCCGACGUCGUUCAGGUUCGCACGGCGCACGACUACCUCGAAGAUUUCGAGGGCGAGCUCGAGCUGUACGCGGACGCGGGUCGCAUGGUGAAAGCGCUCUUGGAGUGGAAGCCCAAGGGAGAUAACAUGGCCGAUCGAUUCGUCGAUCUUUGCAGAACGCUCCAAGACGGCAAGUUCUGGACCGAGACAAAGUACUGCGAGGCGUGGGUGGAGGAUUUGCGCACGAUGGGAUACGAGUUUCCAAAGGUGGACGCCGGUGGCGAGCUCGUCGCUCGCUUGGGCGCUGAAACCUGCCCCGCGGUGGCACAACUCGGGUUCGAAGAGCACGUUCGCACGCUUCAGGAAAAGCUCGGGGAAAAGGCGCCUCGUUACGACAAUUCCACGUCAGCCUCGACCGAUGACGAAAACUCCGCGCCUGCCUCGCCGCGCAAACAUCGAGGACAUCAUUGA